GAUGAUACUUGGGCCCCUAACUGAUCUCCAUAUGGCCUCUCACCCAUCAUCGACCUCCCUGAAACCCUUCAUCCCUCUUUGGCCGUCAUUCUCUCUACCAGGGCCUCUCGCCACGCAAACACAGCCCGCCAUGCAGACCUCUGCCCGGCUUCAUUCUCAAGGAAAUAUCCAGCAACAUGGGGAAGCAACCACCGGCAACACAUAGAGCAACACCAAAGACGAGAACAACAACCAACAAACUUGAAAAUAACACCGUCUAAAAGCCAUCGCCGCUACGAUCAAUUUCAUCUUGCUGGACAAAGAAUUGGAUGCCAUUCAGGCCUGCUGCUGAGCUACGAAGGCGCUGCAGGAACAUCCCCAUGACCCCCGC